AUGCCGUCAAAGGAGUUUCUUGAUAGUGACGUCCACCUCGGCGACACGAGGCGGAGGGGUAAACCCUACUGGAAUAACAAGAGCAUCAUGAAGUGGAUGGAGGCGGUCCCUACGCCGUCUGAGGCCUCACCGUCUAUUGCUCAAGAUCCGCCAGCUGAGGGUGUCCAGACGCCACCGCCUACGACAAACAUCACCGGUGUCCAGCCACCGAUACCUCUUAAAUCGCUGUUCCUCGCGGCCCUGUCCGCUUCCGCCGCCGUCGCGGCGGUGAUCCCCAACGCCGAGCCGGUGGCCGAGCCCGCGGUCGAGGCCGAGGUCAAGGCCGAGGUCUCGGUGCAGGAUGCCUGUGUUUACACCUGUGGUUCGGUGUGCUAUUGGCAAGUGGAUAUUGACGACGCCCUGGCUGCCGCUUACUCAAACUACAAGUCCGGCAGCGCACCAGGUGGCUACCCUCACCAGUACAACAACUACGAGGGCUUCAGCUUCCCAACCGCAGCGCCGUGGUAUGAGUUCCCGAUCCUUUCUUCGUACAAGGUCUACACCGGCGGAUCUCCUGGUGCAGACAGGGUCAUCUUUGACACGAAGGGCAAAUUUGACGCGCUGAUCACUCACACUGGGGCCUCGGGGAACAACUUUGUUGCCUGCAAGAAGGCUUAG